AUGAGUAUAACAUUUGUGCUAGCGACUGCCUGGAUGUGGUACAAGAAGACGGAAAAUUUCCCCCUCGGCGCGAAGGGUGUGCGAUGGCUCCUAGUCGCGCGAGGAUUUGGAGGCUUUUUUGGUGUUUUUGGACUGUACUACAGCUUGCUCUAUCUGCCUCUUGCAGACGCAACCGUGAUUACUUUCCUUUCGCCAGGUAUUACUUGUUGGGUCUGCUCGAAACUGAUUAACGAGCCAUACACCAGAGUUGAGAUGAUAGGUACAUUUGUCUCAAUCUUCGAAGUCGUCUUCAUCGCUCGACCGACCUCCCUCUUCCAAGCCUUCGGAGGCUCAGACGCACCGUCAACGAUUGAGGGUUCUGGUGAAGCGGAUCCCGGCGAUUACGCAAAUGUUACACCUCUACAACGCCUAACAGCCGUCGGUAUUGCGUUGAUAGGAGUUUGCGGCAGCGUGGUCGCAUUCACCACGAUUCGAUGGAUUGGAACUCGUGCUCACCCGUUGAUCAGCGUGAACUACUUCUCAGCGUGGUGCACACUUGUAUCUUGUAUCAUGAUGGCAUUUCUUCCUGGUGUUGGGUUCCUCUUCCCGGCAGAUCUGAAAGAAUGGGGAUACUUGAUAUUCCUGGGAUUAUGCGGCUUCAUCAUGCAAUUCCUCCUGGCAGCCGGUCUAUCCUAUGAAAAGUCAUCGCGAGCGACGAACAUGACUUACACGCAGAUGCUUUUCGCACUGACUUUCGAUAAGCUCGUGUUUGGCCAUACGCCAGGCGUACUGUCGAUCAUAGGCUCCAGUUUGAUUCUUGGCUCUGCAAUCGUGGUCGCCAUGCAGAGGGUUAGUGGAGAGAAGAAUGAACGAGCGGGCGGACAUCGAGCACUCGGUGAUGAAGAAUCCCAACAAGGAUUGCUUGGCAGCACAUCAUAUCGUACUAUCGGAGAAGACCAUGACCGAUUACCUGUGCAAGAAGCACGAUAG